CGAAUCAAACCGAUAAGGAGCGGUGGUCGUCACGUCGGUACGAGAACCGGCGACAAUCGUCCUCGGAGAAAUGCUGCGUCCAACACUGCUACGACGACAGCUGUGCAACCUGACCAGGCCUGAACCGUGUCCGUCGUGGAAAACAGAGGCUAAUAAGCUAUCUCACACGUAGCCGUUAAGGAUGUGAAAUUCAGACAUCAACAGUUUUCACUCUUUUAAAUGUAAAUUGUCAUACGAUCAAGUGUAAAAGGUGAUCAAUUGUAAGAACACACAAGGACCAGUGAAAUGAUAUAACGUCUAUAGUUUUAAUGGAAUACUGAAGCUGAAUGCGAUUGAAUACGAUUUUAGUUCGCAGAUGGAUCAAACUGUCGUCAACGGUUCGGUCGCAGCGGCCGUGGACAACGGCACGACCGGCGGUGCUCCGGGGUCGGUGUCGGGCACCAACUGGACCACAGCGGUGGUGGCGCACGCGGACCUGACGCCGGUGCUGUCGCCGUUCGAGUCCUGGCAAAAGGUCAUCAUCGUCCUGGUCAUCGGUGUGUGCAUGGUGCUCACCAUCACCGGCAACAUACUGGUGCUGGUGUCGUUCAUCGUUGACCGGACCAUCCGGCAGCCGAGCAACUACUUCAUCGCAUCGCUGGCCGCCACGGACAUGUUGAUCGGUACCGUGUCGAUGCCGUUCUACUGCGUGUACAUACUGCAGGGGUACUGGGACCUGGGACCGUUGCUGUGCGACCUGUGGCUGUCCGUCGACUACACAGUGUGCCUGGUGUCGCAGUACACGGUGCUGCUGAUCACUGUCGACAGGUUCUGUUCGGUGAAGAUCGCCGCUCGGUACCGGGGCUGGCGGACCAAGGACAAGGUCAUGUGGAUGGUUGUGCUCACGUGGAUCAUUCCGGCUCUCCUGUUCUUCACCAGCAUAUUCGGCUGGGAACACUUUGUCGGCUACAGGGACCUGUUGCCGGGCCAGUGCGCCGUGCAGUUCCUCAAGGAUCCCGUGUUCAACACGGCGCUGAUCAUCGGCUACUUCUGGACCACGCUCAUCGUGCUAUUCGUGCUGUACGGCGGCAUCUACAAGGUGGCGUACGAGAUGCAAAAGAAGAGUGAGGCCAAACAGCGCAAGAUGCAGUCGAUGGUGGCGCUGAGCGCGGGCACCGUGUCCGGUAUGGCCGGUCACGCGGCCGGCAUCGGCAUGUCCAAGACUCAGAGCACUCUGCUCGUGCACGACAAGCCGCAGCAACAGCAGCAACAGCAGCAUCAGCAACAGCAACAGUUGCAACAGCAGCAGCAGCAGCAACAGCAACAGCAACAGUAUCAAAACCAACAAAACCAGCAGCAACAACGACAGCUGGCGGCCGGCGGCAACAGGUCGUCCGGUUUCGACGAGAAGGCAGCGGAGGCGGCGGCCUUCCGGAACGCGGUCCCGAACGAUCGCAACGCUACGGCCGUGGUGGUGGUGGACAAGGAGCGGUCGAGCAGCCCGGCAUUCGAGUCGGACGAGGAGAGCACGACGGGCGAGAAACAGCAGCAGAUCAACUGGCCUCGCAAGAAGUCGGUGGCCGAACUCAUCGUCCAGUCGGCGCUCGUGCAGCGGUCCAACAGUGGCAUACACCUGUCACCGUCCGACAAUCUCAUACCGUACUCCAGCACACCCGGUAACAACAACAACGGUAGUCCGAUCGUCCGGUCGUUUUCCAACGUGGCCGUCGUCAACUGCGGUGGACAGACGGGUACGCGACGCCGGACGCCACCAGACACGCCUUCGCCGCCCGACAGCCGGGUGGACGCGCUCGUCGGCAUGGACACAAGUGAGCUGCACUUCAUGGACGACAGUUCGAUCGUCAUCGGGUCACCGACAUUCGAGAGCCCGACCAACAGCACCAGUUCAAUGAACGAAACAAUGUCAUCGGCCCAGUGUUCUCCGGCCCACGGUGCCGCGGCCUCGUCAUCGCUGCUGCAGGCUGCGCUCAUCCGGGCGGCCGCGGCCCAGCAGAUGAACCAGUCUCAAGGUCCCGCCGUCACCAAGGUCAACACGGCCGUCGUGGUGGACGGCCGCCAUCGCGGUUCAGCGUCGGUUACGAACACCACGACCGUGGUGGUGGCUGGGCGUGGCCGCGGUGUCGCAGGUAACGACGACGACGACGAUUACGGCGACGAUGACGGUGACGACGGGGACGCGGCCGCCACCGGUACCGGCGAAAAGUCCUCGUCCGAGACGACCAAGAGCGGCGGCGGUGGUGGCGGGGGCGGUGGCGGAGGCGGUGGAGAUAAGCGCGAGGGCAGUUCUCGCGGUGACUUCGUCCGGACCAUCGGCAAGCGUCUGAAGGUGAAACGGCCCAAAGUGUCUAGCCGCCAAAAGUCCAAAUCGGAGAACAGGGCCCGGAAGGCGUUCCGCACCAUAUCGUUCAUACUGGGAGCGUUCGUGGCCUGCUGGACCCCGUACCACAUACUGGCGCUCAUCGAGGGCUUCUGCUCCAACCCGCCGUGCACCAACGAACGACUGUUCUUGUUCGCGUAUUUCUUGUGCUACGCCAACAGCCCUAUAAACCCGUUCUGCUACGCUCUGGCCAACCAUCAGUUCAAAAAAACGCUCACCAGGCUGAUGAAGGGCGACUUCCAUAUAUCAUAGGCCGCGUAUCACACACACGUGUGAGCCUGUCCUUCCUGCGACGUUUCUGUUCCUAAAAACGAUUGUUUCCGGUUACCGUGUACCAAUAAUCUGCGCCAAUGAUAUGUGUAACAGACAAACGGUUCCUGUAUGUAAGCGCGAUCGCCGGGAUGACAUAAUAUUAUUACCAUUACACUGCAACGAUCGAAAUAUUCUAAAAUUUAACCGCUUUAACCCAAACAGUUUUAGUACUUAUAGGUAGUACAUAAUAAUAAUAUUAUUAAACUUUCCUCAAUCGAUGAACAACUCAAACUUCGGAAACCAACCCAAUAAACCUCGUGGGAGCAUAUAUACGGCAUAUUAUAUUAUAUUCUUACAAUAAACGUAACUUUAUUAAUUAAAAUUGUAUUAUACUUAUGAUAUACUUACAUGAUUAUAGGGAUAUUGUAAAUAUAUGUACUCGUAAUAAUGUCUUGAUAAAAAACUAGAAAACUAAAAAAAAAAAACCACCAUAAUUUAUUGGCUUAUUAUACAUUAAUCGAUAAAUAACUAAAAAAAUAUGUGUAGUACACAUUCAGUUUAGCUUAGAUUUUUAUAGACCUUUUUAAUGAUGACUUAAAGAUUUAUUUGUGUAAAUAAAUAUUAUUUAUAAUAAUAUUAUGUGUUUUUGAACAGGGUAACAUCAAAACUGUACUUUAAAAUGUUUAAUUAUUCUUAAAUCUAAUGUUUCGUGUAUAUUAUAAUAUAAGUUAUUACAUAUACAUAAGACAUAAGGUAUAAUAAAACAAUGUGAUAUUUAUAAUUAUUAGAAUCAUUGCGACAAUAUUUACCAUUGUAGAAUAAUAUUUCGUUCGAUUAUUGUAAAGCUUAUUAAAAACGAAUCCGAUUCACGGAUUAAAUGAGCCCUAAUCUGUAAAUGGAAUUCGUUUUCACUAGAUUUUAGAGACAAAACAGCUG